UCUGGUCAAGACUCAAGCGGCGACCAAACAUGGUCUGCUGUGCCGCACCAUCGGGAGGGUCCCAACAAAGCCCAACCUCCAUGGGCAGGGUAGCGAUAUGUGAGGCCCCUGGCCGUCCAUCCGGCCCGCAAAUCAAGCAGCGCCGAAACUGUUUACUUUGAACGAAGUGGCGAGCAAUGACGAAAAGACCAUCAUCAGAGGAAGCUAUAUAAUGCUCAGAGUCGGACAAAUUCCACUUCGUCCAGCCUCCUCACCUGACUCUAUCCAAAACCCCUUUUUAUCCGUUAAAUCGCACUGAAAGGGGAUCUUAAUUUUCUAUUAACACUACAUCAUAAUCCUAGUCUUCAAACAACGACAGCUUUGAGUUGGACAAGGCACCUCGCUUAGACCGUGCCGCACACACACUGCACAAGUCUAGGCAGAAGAAAAAAAAGUAUUUUCCGUUUCCUAGAAAACAAUCCAUGCAAACUCCCACAACCAUCAGCGACACUUGCACUUCCUCUCCCGACAAGGUCUGCCAUCGCACCAACGAUCGCUGCCAAGACAAGGCCCGACUCCUUCAAGAGAUAUCAUCCUUGGAUCAAUCCAGAUGUCGACGGGGAGGAGAAGCGCACAGACGAACACGUGUGAGCAAGAAGCACCAUACACGUACAACACGUAGGAGCGAGACACUUGUCUGGCGGCGGGGCAAAUGGCAGGCUCCGAAGAAAAGGCUGGGGAAGAGCAGCAAGGGGCAUGACGCUCGUUGGGGGCCGAGACCGAGGCUGCCAACAGCAGCUCUGCUGGAUCCUUCCCAUCAUGCACCAUCACCGCCGGAUAAGGGAAACAACAACAAAACCCACCCCGGAGCAGGGGCGCCGCGUGCUUGGAGGAGGAGGAGCAGGCCAUCCCGGGAGCAGUCCAGGUUCCGCCGGGGCGGUGCGGCCGCGCUGGCAAUGCACCAGGCGCUGGACCACCCUGUACGGGACGGAUAUGCGCUCGCGGCCACGGGGGAUGUCUUGCCUAGCGACUGGUGGAGGGGACAGAUGAAUACCAUGGAGGGGCUGGAAGAGAAGAGGCUGGAGGGAGCAGUCCAAAGCGGGCUGCGGUACGAAGAUGGAGAGCGCGACGGGGGUUUCACGCUGGACUCCAUCGUCCGCGAGGAGCCGGGUUACACGGUCAGAAAUCUGAUCGCUGUGCAGCAGAAGGGGAGAGUUGGAGUCAAGGAGCUUGAAGAGAGUAAGAAUGUCGGAAUAGGUCACACCGACGGCGAGCCCGUGGCGAUGGAAUCAGAUGAGACUGAUCAUAUCGCGGAUGGGCCUCUCACCGACGAGUCGGGGUCUGAUGAUGAGUCGGAUUCGGAAAGCCUCGUCGAUGAUGAAUGCGAGCAUGACUUCUUGCACGACUUUGAGCAGGUCGAGGCUCAGGGGUGGGUGCCGGUCAUGAUACCGGAGGAGGGUGGCGACGACUGGAUGUCGUUGACGGGAUCUCUGGUGUUGAUGCCGGCCCGGGAAAGGCGAGGAAAAGGGUUGAUUGGAAUAUGGUGGUCACAGAGCAUUGAGCAGGCGGUUGGGUAGUACGCCGGUAUCUGGUGAGCAUGAGACUCUCAUGAGGAUGAUAAGAGAUUAGCAUAUGAUAGACUGAAAACUGGUUAUUUUCAAUGUUGUGAGAGUUGUGAAGUUGUCUUUGAGUUCACCCCGUGACCAUGAUACGAUUGUUUUAGAUCUAAUAAACUCAGUAAUGAAGCAGGCUCUGCUAUCCUUCACUGUCAGUCAUGAUACAAAUCAAACUCUAACUUCGAGUAGAGAAAUUAUACGUGCGUAUAUGCUCACCGAGCGGCAGCUCUAGAUGAUUGCACUAUGAGAGAAAUGUGUAAUAGGUUCGUCCAUUAGCAGAUCUUUCUUGUUUCAAGACGUCUCCUGUGUAAGGCAAU